UCAUUACCUCAGUAAACCGGUUAAACGGGAAGGGAAGCGUCUGACAAAUAAGUUACACCCCCUUGGUGCUGAAAGCACAUAGGUCAUCUGAAAGUGUCUGUGAACAGGAAGAAAUAGGAGGCUGUAUGUUCUUCUAACAAACUGUGUUUCAGUGGGGUUGUAUAGCUCCAGUUCUAAACAUCACUUUUUUGACCUUGAAACUAUUGUAAGACUUCCUUGAAGAUUAACAAGACUGAAGAGAAAAAUCAGAAAUGGCAUAUUUUGGAAGGGUGCCUUUGUCAGGCGAUGAAUUUCUUGAAGGACAUGCUGGAGACCAAGCAUCUUACCUGGCAUACCAUUCUGGUUCUUAUGGAAAGGUCUAUCUAGGCUUUGAUCAAAUAGUUGAUGAAAUCAACAAUGAAUUUUUCUUUUAUGGUUCAUCACACUUACAUCAUCAUGAAGAACAUUUUUUCACAUCAGAUAUCUUUAGUCUGAAUGUGCCAGAACAACAACUCUGUAGUCAUCCUUCAGUUGCUUGUGGUGAAGUUCACUCUGAAAAUUUUGUACCUCACUGGCAACAAGGCACAGCAUCACCAGAGAUAGGUUUCAAGUCGUCCUUACUGUCUGAUGAUAGAAACUUCUCUCUAGUGGAUUCUUACCCAUACAAUCAAGAGAGAGAAAUCUACAGAAGAAAUAGUACAACUGCAGUCACAAAUGCGUUUAAUUCAAAUGUGGAGAGAGGCUAUACAUAUUCGAAUUUUCAGAUAGCUUUUGAUAAUGUAGAUACUCAAUAUUCUCUUUUUGUGGACAACUAUCCAUUUGGACAAAGGAGAGAUGAAAGUGGAAAUGGGGAAGCCUGUUUAACCAAUACUUCCAGACGAUUCAGCAUAGGACCUACCUGGCCAAACAGCUCUGGACAUGACAGAGAGGUUACAAGUUGGUCUAUCCAUUUGGUUAAGGCAAAUCAAGGAAGUAACGAAAAUGCAGUUUCUUUUUGCAAUACAGUGGAGAAAAUAAGAAACACCUAUCCUGCUUGUGAUUUGAAGACAAACACUGGAAAGAUCUGGAGUGUUGCAACAAAGUUCCCAGACCACGUUCUUGAUAAAAUAAGAUUCAGAAUCAGUAUCUGGACAGAUUCUUCACCAUCUCCUCUGCUUCUUACACAACAUGCUGGAUGUAUCACUCAUGACUUAAUUGCGGAGAUCCUCCGUUGCACAAAUCAAUACCCAGUCCAUGAUGAAUGUCUUCUAAGUGUUUGUGGCUCUGAUGAAUUCUUACAAAAUAAUCAUAGUUUGGGCAGCCACGAGAGUCUUCGCAAGGCAACCACUGACAUUCAUCUUCAUCUACACACCACUACAAAUUUGAAGCAAAGUUUGGCUCGAAUGCAUGAGGAUGACCAAGGACAGUUCAGUGUGAAUGAGCUGUUAGAGUAUACUUGUGCGUGGAGACUGACUCGAGAGAACCUUGUCGCAGCUCUUAGGAAAUAUAGAGGUCAAGUGGAGCAUGUUUUGCAAAAUGAGCCACAUAAAGUUGAUUAUGUGAUUGAAGUAGCUAAAGCAAUCUGCAGUGUCCUCUGCUUCGUGGAAACCAGAGAAAUUACCAAUGCAGUCAAGAAACUCCAUGCAGCGGCGUUGGUGAAAACACAGGAUUCAUUGCAACGUGUGGAAGCACAAGGUAAAGCAUUAAUGGAAGCUGCUGUGACAGAGCUCUCCAUGGCCAUCUCUCAUCUCAUCCAUGUAUACAGCAGCAGCUUUGAUAUGGAUUUUCAGGUUGCCAACAUACCUAGAAGCCCUCCCCGUGCAGACAUCAGUCUUGAUUCCCAGCUCAGCUUCACUGUUUAUGCAGCUCAUAACAUUCCUGAAGCCUGGGUGAACAGAUACAAACUUUUAUCUUUUUCCUGUUUACUAACAUAUGCUGGGAAGACAAUAUGUCAAGUGAAGAUUUGCAGAAAUAUACCUGUUAGAAAAUCCUUCUUUUUCCUGACAGACUGGAAUGAGAAAAUCAACUUUCCUCUACGGAUAAAGGCUCUUCCAAGGGAAACGAUGCUGACAAUAAAACUACUUGGACUAAACAGUGCUUCUAAAACCACAGAGGUGCUUGGCUGGACAUGUUGCCCAUUGUAUCAAAAAGAGCAGCUCAUUCAUGGAACUGUGCUACUUAACAUGAAGUUGUACAGUAUGCUUCCAGCAGCAAUGAUUACCCCAGGCAUCUGUAGUGUUGAUGCACCAACAUCAGUAACAUUGCAGAUUGAAUUUCCUGAAACUGAUUUGGAGUUCAUUAACCCUGAACCUGAAGAGAGAAGAGAUGAUCUUGAAGAGCCAACUGAAGAGUGCCUGAAGCAUAUUGCAAGACUAUCACAGGCACAUUCUCUCCUGCUACUCUCAGAGCAACAGAGAAGAAUCUUAUGGUUUUAUCGUUACUACUGCAAUAAGCAAAAUUGCUCCCUUCCUCUGGUACUGGGCAGUGCACCCAGUUGGGAUCAAACAACUGUGUCAGAAAUGUAUUCUGUCAUGAGGAAAUGGAGAUUUUCUAACCCUGUGGAGGCACUUGGGCUUCUAACUUUCAGUUUUCCAGAUAAAGAUAUUCGCCGAACAGCAGUCCAGCAAAUAGAAAAUCUGUCAAAUGAUGAAUUGUUAGAAUAUCUCCCACAGCUGGUUCAGGUGCUUAAGUUUGAGUGGAGUCUGGAAGGCCCUCUAGUGAAACUCCUGCUGAAUCGCUCUCUUCAGAGCAUCCAAGUAGCCCAUCAACUUUACUGGCUGUUGAAAAAUGCACAGAAUGAAGUUCAUUUCAAAAUCUGGUAUCGGAAACUACUGGCUGCUCUCCAAUUCACUGCUGGGAAAACCUUGAACAAUGAAUUUUCUAAGGAGGAGAAACUUAUCAGAAUUUUGGAAGACAUUGCUGAAAAAGUAAAAGCUGCCAGUGACAUGAAAAGAAAGGAGGUGUUAAAGAUGGAACUCAAUAGACUUCAGCAGUUCUUCCAGGAGGUAAAAGUUUGCCGACUUCCCCUGAACCCUGCACUUGUUGUGCAAGGCAUAGAGGCAGAUUCAUGUUCAUAUUUUACAUCGAAUGCUUUUCCAUUAAAAAUCUCCUUCAUCAAUGCAAAUGCUCCAAGUGGAAAUAUCAAUAUUAUUUUUAAGAUAGGCGAUGAUCUACGUCAGGAUAUGCUGGUUCUGCAAAUUAUUCGAGUGAUUGACAACAUAUGGCUCCAAGAAGGUCUGGAUAUGCAAAUGAUAAUUUAUAGAUGUUUAUCUACAGGAAAUGGCCAAGGACUUGUACAGAUGGUGCCAGAUGCUACCACACUAGCCAAGAUCCACAGGGAAUCUGGACUGAUAGGACCAUUGAAAGAAAACACAAUUAAAAAAUGGUUCCGUCAUCACCAUCGUCUGGAAUCCAGUUACCAAGAGGCAAUAAGGAAUUUCUUCCAUUCCUGUGCUGGCUGGUGUGUUGUCACCUUCAUUCUGGGAGUUUGUGAUCGACACAAUGACAACAUAAUGUUGACGAAUGCUGGACACAUGUUUCACAUUGAUUUUGGAAGAUUUUUAGGUCACGCACAGACAUUUGGAAGUAUAAGAAGGGACCGAGCUCCCUUCAUCUUCACAUCAGAGAUGGAGUAUUUCAUCACAGAAGGUGGAAAAAACCCACAAUGUUUUCAAGAGUUUGUGGAGCUUUGUUGUCGAGCAUAUAAUAUAGUCAGGAAACACAGCCAGUUACUCUUGAACCUUCUGGAGAUGAUGCUACAUGCAGGAUUGCCUGAGCUGAACAGGAUUCAGGAUCUGAAAUAUGUGUAUGAUAACCUCCGUCCUCAGGAUUCAGACCUCCAAGCUACAAGCUACUUUACCAGGAAAAUAAAGGAAAGUUUGGAGUGCUUUCCUGUCAAGCUCAAUAACUUGAUCCACACGCUUGCACACAUGUCACUGACAAGCUCUGCAAAGCUUCCAUCUCAAGAGACUGUCCCUCAAGAAUGGAUGAUGCUGAAUAUAGAGAAGUCAAUUGCAAGAGCCACCAUUUUGGGGUUCAGCAAAAAGUCUGACUACUUAUAUCUUGUCCAGGUGGUGCAAACCUGCAAUGUGGUCACUUUUGUGGAGAAAACAUUUGGCCAGUUCUCAGAACUUCACAGCAAUCUCCAGAAGCAGUUUCCAUCACAUGCACUUCCAGAGUUUCCCCACUCAUGGCAUACAGCUUUUAUAGAUCUUGAACAUAAGAGAGUGAAGGAUUUGAACCUCUACUUGAAGCAGCUAUUAAGUGGAUCUAGAAAACUGGCAAAUAAUGAGCUUGUACUCAGCUUCUUCCUGAAUUGGUCCAAACAUACGUUGGCAGAAAAAGCAUCAUCUGUGACAUCAGGUCCUCAGUCGAAUGAUGGUACACCUGGAGUACAGUUAGUCAUAUCCUAUGAGGGCACUCGUCUGACAGUGAUGUUGAAACACAUGAGGAACAUUCACCUCCCAGAUGGCUCUGCUCCAAGUGCACAUGCUGAAUUUUAUCUUCUGCCGGAUCCUGAUGAAGUCAAUCAAAGGAAAACAAGAACGGUUCCCAAAACCACCAACCCUACUUACAAUGAAAUUGUUGUGUACAACAAAGUUAUGCAACUUGAAGGCCAUAUACUGAAGCUUGUUGUGAAAAGCAAAGGAACAUUUGUGGGAGCUGUUAACAUUCAACUGAGCAGAGUCCAGUUAAAUGAAGAAAAAUGGUAUCCACUGGGAAACAGUGAAAUUUAAAUGUGGUCUAAGACAAUUCAAUUAUUUAUCCGCUAAUGUUUCUUUAUUCCAUUUUCCAUGGUACAUUUUGUCUCAGUUGCCCUUGAGAAUAUGCAUUCAUCUGCUGAUCUCAACAUUUCAAAUCAUAAGGCUAUUGUCUUAAAAUUGCUACCAUAUUCUUGCAACAGAUUCCCGUUAGGGUGAGUUUAAGAAAUUGCAUUCUAACAUGUAGGAGCAUGCAGGUAUUCUUAUGACAGCAAUCAAGACUUUUGUUCAUGUGAAAUAGCAGUGUAAAAACCCUGAAUUUAGUGCACAUCAGAGUGUGGGUCAGAGCCUAAUUCUUUGCCUGCUAAUUCCACUGAUGGUGUUGAAACAAUGCUGAUAAAGGUGUAAUUUAUCAUUGUCCACUCUGACUCGCUGAAUGUGAUGAUUCAGCAGAGGGAUCCAUGGGAGGAUUCCCUGGGUGCCAAUACAUUUCAGACGUCUAGCAGAUUUCAUGUUAAAUCUUAUGCAAUCUGUACAUUUGAAAACAAGCGUACCAACAAUGAAUCAAGAACUUAACAACUGCACAGAAGACAUUUUGUGCAGUAUAGGUUGGUGUUUAUGUAAUGCAACUUUAUAUCUCAGAUCCUCAUUUGUGAAUAAGCUAUUUCAACAUUUCUUUUAUUCUGACAUCUAAGAGGCAGAUACAACUGGUCGAUUGUGAGAAGAAAGGAGGAAUGUGGAGCUAAUCUUCACAAAUAAAUAAAACAUAUUGAAUGUGA